ACAGAGAAGGACAUUGUAAGACUGUCACCGGAGCUCCAGUGAGUAUAACUGGUGUUUCUUUUUGUAAAGCAAAUGUGUAGCAAAUAUUCUGUCUCCACCACUGACCAGUUCAUAAAACAUAAGACAUAAGUAAACAAACACACAUUUGUAAGACGUAUAUAAAUGGCUGUAUCAUGGCAGUGCAUGUGCGCUUUAUAUAUUUUAAUUUGAAGAAAGUAGUCAGAUUAAGGGGUUUACAUGGCUAGAAUUAUUCUGCUUAUUUAAGAUCUACACAACCCCCUUCAGUCGGAUCGAAAUUUAAUUCGGAUCAAGCUCAAUAGGUAUUUUCAGUCUGACUGAGCCAUCAAUUUGAUUAUAAACGGAUUAUUAGGUUGCAUGUAAACAUACCUUUAAAUGAAUUGUGAAGUUGGGAACAGCUCUGAAUGAUCCUAUGAAUCUAUUUAAAUCCACAAACUGAAAGCACGGCGUUCGUUGUAGUGUAUAACUUUUUGUUAUAUUAGAUGACACUCUCUUUACAUCCUGAUUGCAAUCAGUAAUAUACUGUAGUGGUCUAAAUAUUAAAAAAAAUAUAUCUUCUGUGGAAGUCUCAGGACCAAAAAAUGUCAGAAUGCAAUGACUGGAAAUCAUCAGAAUCACAAAUCAUCAGACAUCACACAUCAUCAGCGCGUUUCAUAAGGCUAUGCAGAGUUGUAGACAUACAGUCACAAAGCUCUGCAAAAAAAGCAGCCACCUUUUACAGUUCCUCCUGAACCAAAACAACGAGUUAUGCUGCGUUCACGCAAUGUCGUAACUGUAAUUGAUAGAUGACAACCCGUGAUGUACUGUUUUUGUUCUCGGACUCGGAAUUAUGCUUUUCUAUGGCAACACUAUCAACGCUGAAAUGAAUCUGCAGCAGUCAGGUGGUACAAGUCAGAGCUCUAAGUUGUUUACGUACAUUAUUAUAUUAUAUGCUUUGGGUAAUUUAAAGAAAGAUUGUGUCUCUCAUGACUCCUCUGUAGACUCUGCUCUGGCUCUGAAGGGAGGGUGGGAUCUAAUGCUAUUCAAUCUCACCGAAAUUGCCUACCCUACCUUUAAUCGGUCAACCUCUCGGAAUGAUAACAAGACGACUGGUGCCAUUGGUGACUAAAUUUUAAAUCAUUGUCGCACAUUAGUGUUGUGUAGAAUCUGUGACCAUUUUGAACGAUGCUUGGAUCCCUUCAGAGGACGUUUAAGCAAAGCAUCACUUAUUACCAAAGUAAAUUAAUUAUAUAGAAUGUAAAGAGACAAAAAAACAAUUCCCAUUAAUUGAUGUAAUAUAACUCUUUUGCCCAUUAUUGUAGUGUCUGGAUUGUUGCGAAAAAAGCAGCUGUGGCUCUGUGAUAAUGGCCUUGAGACUUGAGGGCUGAGCCUUCUAACCUUCUGAGGCUGGUGGUCUUAAUCUAAGAAGACUGAUACGGCCAACCACCCACCUUUCCACACACAUACAAAUAAAAUUGCUCACCCAGCUGCAAGUUAACCAAGUUUAGCAGGGCUCUUCUGCCACUUAUAACACCUGACUGACUCACCGUGUUGCACAGGAAAUUACUUUGGAAAAACCAGGCUGGGGGGAUUAUUGAAUUAUGCCAGAACUGUUCCGUGAGAGGAGAGGUGGAAUUAUUUGCUGCCACGGCAUCUACCGUCAGCUCCCGUGAAAUCAGCCAGCUGUUCGGAGCUAUUUUUACAGGGACCACAGCUGCAGAAGGCUAGCCGAGACACUGGCUGGCGAGUGCGUUUGUUAUUAUACGCACCACCUGAUCCCAAGGGCCAGUUUUUGAGGCAGUAGCAAAGUCAAAGCUACCUGUGGGAGGUGAGCUCAGGACCCAGUGCACUAAUGAAGAACUGUACCAUCAUUAACCUAAAUUCCCCUAAUGGCCUGUAAUUAUAGAGAGUGCAUUGUCAGCGAGGGACACUUUAGCUUUGCACGGAGGGAGCACUUACCAUCAACCUUAUUGCUCCAAAAAGAAGUAAAAGCACCAAACAUAAUAUUUUUUUUUUAUCAUCACACAGCUAAAAAAAAGCAGGACACUGUAUAAAUGGAGGGCAGGCUAAAUAUGAUCAUUAAUUUCAGGUAACCAGAAUCUAAUUCGACCACUCAUUAUGUUGUAUUAGCACCCUCUAAUAGUGUUUUUGUACAGCGUGCACCCUCUAUUGUCUCGUAGCGGAGCAAAGGGAAAUUUACGACAUUAAAGAAGCACAGGUGAUGGAACACGGUUUGAAAGCACCUGGAGCAUAUCAACAGAAAAGAGCAGAGAGUGCUUGGAUGAAUUCAGGGAAGGUUUGGGGCACACAGCUUGCGGUCUGGGGUGUUGAAAGGACAUGUUUAUUUAGCUGGCUGAGUAUCGCUCCUGGUGCGAAGAUGAACAAAUGUGCUCCAGCAGUCCUGAUGGUGUUUUUAAGCCAUGCUGCCCGUUUUCAGUACUCCUCCUCCAUAUUUCCUUUUCGCGAACAACUCAUCGCUUACGUCGAGUCAGCAUGUGACAUGCAUGACCAGUCAGUGUGAAAUGUUUUUAUAGAGAAAAAUAUAGUGAAUUCUGUUUAACAUCCAUCUUUGUGUUACAUUUCCGUGAAUAUAUGAUUACAGGAGCUGCCAGUCAUUCUUUGAACUACAUAAUGCGGCAUUAUUCAUCAGGAACGCCUGAAUACAAUAUGUCAGUCAAUGGGCUGGGAGAAGCUUCAGCAAGAGGCACAAGUAUGGAGGGGGACUGUCUAAGUUGCAUCAAGUACCUCAUGUUCAUCUUCAACUUCUUCAUUUUUCUUGGAGGUUCAUUCCUUCUAGGGGUGGGAAUCUGGGUGCUGGUGGAUCCGACAGGUUUCCGGGAGAUUGUGGCAGCAAACCCUCUUCUGUUUACUGGAGUCUAUGCAAUUUUGAUCAUGGGCGGGAUGCUGUUCCUACUGGGAUUUCUUGGCUGCUGCGGAGCCAUACGAGAAAAUAAAUGUCUCCUACUGUUUUUCUUCAUGCUCAUACUCAUCAUAUUCCUGGCAGAGCUGUCAGUGGCCAUUCUGGCGUUCAUAUUCCGGGAGCAUCUCACCAGAGAUUACUUCACCAAGGAGCUGAAAACACAUUACCAAGGCACCAAUAGCACUGAUGUCUUCACCUCCACAUGGAACGCCAUUAUGACCACAUUUGAUUGCUGUGGGGUGAACAGUGCUGAAGACUUUGAUGAUCAGAGCCUCUUCAGACGGCUGAACCCCAGCAGACUAGUGCCAGAGGUCUGUUGCCAGAGGAACGAUCUGAUGAUGAGCAAAGACGAGUGUCUCAAGGGAAUUAUGCCAAUCCGUAACAAGGGCUGUUAUUCAGCAGUGGUGGACUAUUUUGAGACAUACAUCUAUAUGGCUGGAGCUCUUGCUAUUGUGGUGCUGACUAUUGAACUCUUUGCCAUGGUUUUUGCUAUGUGUUUGUUUAGAGGAAUCCAGUAAUUGUCCCUUACAGUAAGGACAUUUUGAGGAGGAAGAACAUGGCAUGGCAUGGAAGACAAUUUUUAAAUAAGAAAAGAAGACACUUGUAUAUUUGCCAUCUCUAUGUUGUUAUGUUGGAAUAUCUGAGAAUUGCCAAAAAUGUAUCGUACUUCACAGCUGGGACUUUGAGGUACUUGUUUGUGAAAACAAAAGUAAAAGUAAUUCGUAAAUUAAAGGAUGUUAUCAAUGGAGGGGCGCCUUGCACUGAUAUUUGGUGGAAUAUUUAUAGAUGACAAAAGACUGAUUUCUACUAAGAUGUUUUACCUCUUACCUACAGUAGAUUGUUCAUCACUGCUCCAGAGCCAUGCUUAAAAACCUACACUGUGUGAAUGGAAGCGUGUCUGUGAAACUGAGAAGGUUGCUUUGUGUGUGUGCUUGUGUUUCUGUAUAAAAUCUGAGAGGCCAGCAGCUUCUAUAAAAAAUGUUUUGUGAGUUGCAAUCGUGAAUAUUUUAUGUGAUUUUAGCAAAACUGUGGUGUAUUUGUGUUGUAUCUGUUGUACAUGACAUUGAAUGAUAUUAAAUAAGAAAAAAAAGAA